CAACAGGCGGCAGCCGAGGGGCCGGGGCCGGAGAGGAGCAGGCCGGGAUGGACAAGCUGAAGAAGGUGCUGAGCGGGCAGGACACCGAGGACCGGGGCGGCCUGUCCGAGGUGGUUGAGGCCUCUUCAUUAAGCUGGGGUACCAGGAUAAAGGGCUUCAUCGCAUGCUUUGCUAUAGGAAUUCUCUGCUCACUGCUGGGUACUCUUCUGCUGUGGUUGCCCAAGAAGGGAGUACACCUGUUUGCAGUGUUUUACACCUUUGGCAACAUUGCAUCAAUUGGGAGUACCAUGUUCCUCAUGGGACCAGUGAAACAGCUGAAGCGAAUGUUUGAACCUACACGUUUGAUCGCAACGAUCCUAGUGCUGCUGUGUUUUGCACUUACCCUGUGCUCUGCCUUUUGGUGGCAUAACAAGGGACUUGCGCUCAUCUUCUGCAUUUUGCAGUCUUUGGCACUGACGUGGUAUAGCCUCUCCUACAUACCAUAUGCAAGGGAUGCUGUGAAGAAGUGUUUUGCCACAUGUCUUGCAUAACGCACAGCCAAUUUUGCAAAGCUUUGGACAGCACUGUGUAUGGAAGCUGGUGGACAGUUUUGUAAAUAUCUUUUAAACCUCUGUCUUACAGACAUGUGCCUUGUAUCUUGCAGCAAUGUGUUGCUUGUGAUUUGAACAUUCAAGGGUUGCUUUUGGAAGCAGUGAUGAGUUCCCAAACUUGAAUGUCUGUAGCACAGUAGAGAAGCAAGUUUUGUUCUGAAUCUUAUGGGUUGGAAUCUUCCUGAAGUACCUUUUUGGAUGUUAUCUCUCAUAAAUAAAAAGCUAUUAAAGCAGCAGCAG